AUCUGGAGAGCAGAGUAAACAGCUUCCCUCUAGCACAGUCACACACACACCGGAACAGGCUGAGGAGCAGAGAGGAAGAAUCAUACGCACUGCUAAAUCCAGACGCAACCACCACAACUGCAGAAGCUCCAACCACCACAGAUGGGGCCCGGAUUAUUUUGGAACUUCCCUUCAAAGGCUAGCUGCACGGCGUCGCAGAGCCUGCUGCAAACCAUGUUGCUCUCCAGGAUGGCUGGGAUGAAGGAGCAGCAGUUUACUGAGGAGAAACCAUUGCUUCCGGAGCCCAGAGGGCCUGACGCGGACAUGAGGAGCCGAGGGUGCUUUGUGAACGCGUUCCCCUCAACAGGCCCUGCGCCUCUCCCCACCCCUUCUUCCUCCAGCCGCCCCCCACAGCGGUGGCAUGUGAUCGCGAGGCACUGGCUCCGCCAGACCCGCAGUCGGACCGCCGACCGCAUCCCGGAGAACUGUGAGACAAUGAUGCCCAUUGGAGACUGGAAGGAACAUGACAUUGAGACUCCCUAUGGGAUGCUUCAUGUGGUGAUUCGUGGCGCGCCCAAAGGAAACAAGCCGGCCAUCCUCACCUAUCAUGAUGUGGGCCUUAACCACAAGCUGUGCUUCAACAGUUUCUUCCAUAAUGAGGACAUGCAGGAGAUCACCAGGCACUUUGUGGUGUGCCACGUGGAUGCCCCCGGUCAGCAGAUUGGGGCAGCUCAGAUGCCACAGGGCUACCAGUACCCCACCAUGGACCAGCUGGCGGCCAUGUUGCCCUGCGUAGUGCAGCACUUUGGAUUCAAGAGCAUCGUGGGAAUUGGAGUUGGGGCCGGCGCCUACAUCUUGGCCAAAUUUGCCCUGAUCUUCCCAGACCUGGUGGAAGGCCUGGUGCUGCUCAACAUUGACCCCAAUGGGAAGGGCUGGAUCGACUGGGCCACUGGCAAGUUGUCAGGGCUCACCAGCGCUCUUCCAGACACAGUGUUGCCCCACCUCUUUAGCCAGGAGGAGCUGAUGAGCAACACUGAGCUGGUUCAGAGCUACCGUCAACAGAUUAACAACACCAUUAACCAGUUCAACCUGCAGCUCUUCUGGAACAUGUACAACAGCCGCAGGGAUCUGGAGAUGAACCGCACUGGGUCCAUGAUCAAUGCCAAGACCUUGAAGUGCCCUGUCAUGCUGGUUGUCGGUGACAACGCCCCUGCCGAGGAGGGUGUGGUCGAGUGCAACUCCAAACUUGACCCUACCAACACCACCUUCUUAAAGAUGGCUGACUCCGGUGGUCUUCCUCAACUCACACAGCCUGGAAAACUUUCUGAAGCUUUCAAGUAUUUCCUCCAGGGGAUGGGCUACAUUGCAUAUGUGAAGGAUCGUAGGUUGAGUGGAGGGCCAGUGCCCUCUGCCAGUAUGACCCGUCUGGCCCGCUCCCGGACAGCCUCCCUGAACAGUGGGAGCUCCAUUGAGGGCUCUCGUGUCUCUCGGGGUUUUACACACUCUGACAGCAACGAGGCCCCGGUCAGCCACACCAUGGAAGUGUCCUGCUGAACCCUCUCUCUGCCACACACACACACAGACACACAGACACACACAGACACACAUACCCACACACCACACAGACACACACAGACAUGCACAUACACACAUAUGCCCAUACACACACACACGGGUUAGAGAUGGGAUAGAGAGACAGAGAUGGGGGGGGGUGAGUUUCUACUUUUAAAAAGUUGGUCGACAUUUUUCUCUUUGUCUAUCUCUCUGUCCUUGUCUUGAUAUUUCCCUCAGUAUUCUGCCAGCAUCUGCCCUCACUGUAAAAGGACACAUGGAUUUUACCCCCAUUAAACUUAGGAGCAGUUCUGGUUUCCUUAAAGUGUAAUUUGUGUCUUGCUCAGUGUCUGCUUCCUUGAUUUUGCCUACUCCAAUUUCCAGACAGCAGCACACACCAUGUGGUUCUGUAAUGAUUGUCAUUCGGAAGCAUAAAUAUAGUGAGAUUUCAAUUUACCCAUUAAGCCCACAUGAUUCUAUAUACCGAUAGAGUCCACAUGAAUCUAUAUACCCAUAGAUGCAGAAGAGGUCAAUGGAAUGCCGACUGCGCAGCUUAGAAGGUCACUGUCAUUGGCAUAUAGUCAAAAAGUCUAAUAUUCUAUUUUUUUAUUAAACCAAGUAAGUAUGCUAAGAAAAUGCUCUUAUUUACAGCAUCAAACUGGAAGCAUUUAUGGUUAGUUGUCUUGUUCAGAGACAGAACAACUAGAACUACUUAAUAUGUAAUAAUGGUCCUUUUCAGGUUAAGAAGAAGUGACUGAUAACAGCUACACACAAUUCAAAUCAAUUGGUAGCAUUGCUAGAAUAGCAAGUGAAUGUAGUAAAAGGAGUUUUUAGCUGUAAUGCAGUGGAUUGUUGACAAUGAAAAACAUUUAUUGUGGGGUUAAGAUCCAUACAAGCAUCAUACUCUUUUUUAAAAUUAUUUCAACAAAGUGUGAAAUACACAUACAAAUCUAAAUAAUAAAUAAUAAUAAAUAAUCUGAAUGUAGGCACAUUUUGCUGGGGGUCAACAGGGAGUUUCACCAAUCUUUCGCUCAAUGCGUUGCCGUGACCUUUCCAUUGUUUGGGUGGAGUUCCAUUAACCUUUUUACUGAAUCUAUUACACCCACAUGAUUCUGUACCCCUGGAGCCGAGGUUUCCACACAUACACUCAGAGGUCUUUCAAAUGACAAUCAUGCUUUGACCCAAACCAAACAAGACCUAGGAGCCGAUGGACCCAAUUUGAGAUGUUCUUCCCUCAGGUCAGCACCUAGCCCCAGAGUAAUAAGACUUUACCAAAGCUACACACACACGACACACACACACACUAACCUAGGAGGUCUGGGCUCUGUAAAUGAACCGAGACAAAAUAUUAGAACCUUUUGACAAAGAAGCACAAAAUAAACAUGCUUGCACUCAUACUGUUAAUGUGUUAAGGUGAAUGUGUACUGAGAAAAGCAGAAGUUAACGGUCAGUAUAUUUACGUACAUACCCAUGGAUAAGCUGAUUUAGAGAACCGACAUCCUAACAUCCCGUCGACUGUUUGUAUGUUUUUCUGUGGCGGUGAAGAGAGGAGGUGUGUGCUGCUAGCUGCUGUGUUGGAUCCCACCUUAUUGAGUCAGACUAGGCCUACCAGGUGGAACAGAAGUCCCUUUCAAUUUGCACAGUAAAGUUUUUUCUACAAUUCUAUUUGCGUCAUUAACAACUGCUCCCUGCUAUGGGGGGGGCAAAGUGGGACACUGCUGGGUUCGUCUACUAGGGGCGGGGCUUUUUUGGAGCCUGUUGCUCCAAGCUUGGAAUGUAGUGCAACUCCCACCCCCAGCAACCUCUCCCUGAAAUCCACAAUGUGCCCCGCCUCUCACAGACAUGUCCAGCCGCCCCGAAAAGGCUAUCAGCUGAGGUCACUUUUCUGUUCAUAGUAUUGCCUAGCAACUGUGUACCAAUGAGCAAGGGAUCCCAGGGGGACUUAUUAAAGUCCCCAUCUCCCAUGGAGAAUAUUGAACAAAUUAAGAUGUAUUUAAUUCUUUUGUUGUUUGAUUGGAGCAAGGGAUAAGGGAUAUGGAGAGAUUCUGGCUGAAUGAAUGAGGGUAAUUUUCAUACGGAAGGAUAGAAAGUAUAAGGAGAGAUUAAUCCACGAGAUGCCCCGGGGGCUACUAAGGCAUGUACAAUAUGGUGUGAGCAGGGACUGUAUGAGAGGAUAGUGGGACUAGUCAGGAGCCAAAACACUCUUUUAUACUCCUCAACAUCUGUUUGCAUGCACCUGAAUGUGAUGUUCGAGGCUGUGGUCAUGCAUUUACUAUCGCUGUCAGCUCUGAGCAAGUCUGAUUCCCUGCCUAAGUCUCAUUCAUACUGCCUGGGGGACCCAUGUAAUUUGUCCUCUUAAACUGUUGUACAUUAGUGUCAAGGUGUCCCCUUCCACCCAACCACCUCUCCUGACCUAACUCCUAACCCACAUGCUUCCAUGUCCUCCUUGCACUGUAGAUAAUCGCUAUUAGCGCAGGUUAAAGGGAUACUCUGGUAUUUGGGGAUUUUGUAUAAUUUUCAUGUUACCCGAAGUCAGAUUAAUGGAUACAGUUUGUUUAUCUCUGUGGGCAAUCUGAAGCUCAAUAUCUGGAAGUUUUUGGUUGAUACUAUCCAGCUCCUCUCAAAAACAGAGAGAUAGUGCUUUUAUUCAUUUGUUACUAAUGAUUGUAAUAAAUUAUUCUAGCUAGCUCAAAUAAGUGGGGAGAGACAUCAAAAUAUUUUGACUACUACUUGUCAAAUAUGGUUCGUGCUAUAUCCAUGGUUUUGACAAAUGUUGGCUGUUAUCCAACAAAGACUUCAAGAAAAACCAUACGCCACCAAAAUCUUUUUUUCAAAUUUCAUUCAGAGACAAAUUGGAGCACUGAAUCCAUCUGACUUUUAGGUAAGUAGAAAAUGAUCUAAAAACCCCUUAAGUAUCUUUUUAACAGAAAGAGCACUCCAACACUAUUGUAUUGUGACAAAUACAGCAUUUUGGUUACUCUUUCCCUGAGUUCCUCUUUUUAUAUAACAAUAGAAUUUAGUUUUUUGUGGUAUAUUGAUUGAUUAUUGUGUAUUAUCAUCAUCAUCAUUAUUAUUGCAGUACUAUUGAUUGAUUUAUAUUAAGCAGUACAUUGUUUUGUGACUGGUUUCAUGGGGGGGUUCUGUUCACAGAGAUAGGAGGACUGACUUACCUGCUUUUUGUCCUUAAAUAUGUCAUGUAAAGUUUAAAUAUGCAUAUACUGUAAGCUAUCUCUGUCCAUGUAUUGAACAUGUAAUGACAAAACAAUAAAGACAUCAUGUCAGUGUAGCGUUUAA